AUGGAUGCUGAAGAAUUGGAGAAGAGAGAGCAGCUUGAGCACUGGCUAAUGCAGCAACCACUGGAGAAAAGAAAACUUGACCAAAGCGAUCGACAAGUUGCAAUGCUUGCAGGUAAUGAGCAAACUGUGCAUAUAAGGAUUAUGGCUAUUGUCGACCGCUUAAAAUCAACGCUUAUGUGCAAUAAAACCCAGGGGCUACGAUUGAAGGUACCUAAUCGUUAG